AUGAAUUAAUUAAAUAGUGAUCUGAAAUCAUAAAUCAUAGAGUAUUUUGAAGAAUUGCAAAACAAACUGAAUCUAAUUGGCUACUCUGAUAUACGCGUUAUACUCCCCGACGAUAUUUCAGUAGCAUUUAAAUACAUCACUCGCAUUCUUGAUUAGUUUAUAGAAUUGAAUCAAGAGAUAACUGAAUAAUAUGAACUGUUGGAACAAUCAUUACAAAAAAUUGAAUCAGAAAAUCGAUAUCACAUCCAUGUGGAACAAAGAUUAAAGAUUCAUUGUGAUUCAAUAUAAGAGAGUCUUACUCAAAAAGACGAAUAAUGUAGAAUACUUCAAAUGAAAAUCGAUCUCCAAGAGAGAUAAAUAUUCCAACUCAAAAAAGAAAUCGAUGUCGCAUCAAGAAGACGAAUAGAAACCGAAAAGAGUGUAACUGACACUCAAUCUAGACAAUACUUAAUGAUAAAUGGAAUACCUUCCUAAACAACACUCAAGCAAAUAAUAAAACCCAAGACUCGACUACAAACAGAGACUUUAGAGAUCAAUAAAGUAAGAUCUAUCUCGUCCUUAGAUUAUAAUAACUUUUCUAUUUUAAUUAAGAGAAAUGAUGAACGAAAAAAGAGGUCAUCAACUAUUUAAAUCAAAUAAAAAAAGUGA